CUAGUGUUUUUUGACCGUACGGGUGGCAACGAAACGUCAACAUGUAGAUGACAUUUUACGAAAAUAUCAACAAAAACUUGGAAUUUUUGGGUUUAUUUUUAUUUUCGCGUUAAAAGUCGCACAAGAACGGUUGAUAAUUUUAUGUUAUUCAUAGUUAUAAAAUUGACGUGGUUUUUAAAAUGUCCUCCGCGAAAAGUCCUGUCGAAAUUGAGGACCUUCCAGACGAGGUUUUAGAAUUUAUUUUGUCUCUUAUUCCACCCUACAAAGAUCUUCACGACUGUAUGCAAGUAUCAAAAAGAUGGAGAAGAUGUGUUCUAAAUGUUGCCAAAACCAAGUUGAGGAAUUUACAUAAGGCCAUUGCUGAGUUUGAUAUAAGAUGGGAGACUUUAACCCCUAUGGAUAUGGCUCCUACAAUAUCAAAACGGUAUUCCCACACUGCUGCCAUUCAUGAGAACUCUAUGUACGUUUUUGGAGGUUGUACAUGCUCCAUGACAACUUUUAACGACUUGUGGAGGCUUGACUUAUCAAAGAGGCAGUGGGUGCGGCCUUUAGCAACCGGGACCUACCCAUCACCAAAGGCUUGUAGCUCUCUAGUUUGUUACAAGGACCUUUUAGUAUUAUUCGGGGGUUGGGCUUAUCCCCCAUCAUACCCACUAUACCAAAGCUGGCAUCUAUUCAACGAACUCCACGUUUACGAUAUUACAGCAAAUCGGUGGACUUGCAUUAACACGACCAACGCGCCACCUCCCACCGCCGGACACUCGGUUUCAGUAGUUGGUAAAUGGAUGAUUCUGUUCGGGGGCAUUCAUAAACCUAGCACUGCCGUUCAUUGUGAAAAAUCCAACGACAUAUGGAAGCUAAAUUUAGAGACUUGGACGUGGUACACACAAGAAGUUGAAAAUGAACCAAAGCCAAAUGGACGCUUAGGGCAAACUCAAGUAGUGUUAGACGAUAAGAAUUUAUUAAUUAUAGGGGGCUCAGGUGGGCCCACUCUUAAUUACUGUGAUGCAUGGAUUCUUAAUAUGGAGGGUGAUGUGUGGAAGUGGAAGCAAGUGGACAUGGAGGGAAAGGUCAAUAAACCAAAUAAUAUUUGGACCAAUCCUGGAUGUAAGAUAGGCGAUAAAAUUGUGGUGCUCAAUCGAAUUCGGGAAGACCAAACUUGCCCGAUAGUUUAUUAUCCUAAAAAUUCCUGGGUUAAUCGAAGAAACCCACAAGAAGAUAGUAAAUUAGCUAGAAUAGAUUUAGCAAGUCGGGAGCCGGAUAGAGAUGAGAACGUGAAUGGAAGACGAGGGGUGUUGAGGAAUCAUAAGAGGGAAGCCGAGGACGACGACAUGUAUCAACCGGGUAGUUCAAAUCACCAGCGUGGAGACAUUUUGAUUCGCCACUGUUCCGCUCCAGUAAACAGUUUAGCAGCAUUUAGCGUUUCAAAUAACAAAACAUCAAAAUCGGAUAGGAUACGAGAACAACGUUUAGCGCGACUGGCAGAAAUCAAAGAAAACAUGAAGAAGCACAAGAAGGAAGAAAAAAAUAGGAACCACUAUCUAGGAAUUUAUGUUUUAGAUUUAUCGAAAGCUUUAAGUACAAAGCCAUAUCUGACGUGGUUGCCUCCAAAGAAUUUAGGGAACGGCCCAGAAGAAACGAUUUUGUACACUUUGUUGGCGGGGAAGUCCGAGUUAGUGAUGUUUGGAGGAAUUAGGAAAGAUCCGACGUCUUUAGGAUUUGCGGUUAACAUCAAUAGUCAAAUUUCAAAUAGUUUACAUUUUAUUACGGCUCCUAACUAUGUUAUUUAAAUUAAACCUGAUAUUUUUGAUUUUUGCUGUUCUAGCAUAAUUAAAGGACAAUAUGCUAGUCAUGAUUGUAAAUUGGAUGCUUUUUUGAUUUUCUAAAAAAUACACUAUCUGGUUUA